CGCGUGUUGUCCUCAACUUCACAUUCCUAUUUCCUUCUCCACUAGGAUACUCCUCUCCCUCUUCAUUCGCAUGUGCUUCUCCAUCUCUAUCUAUACACAAACUCAAGAACACAACAACAUAGUAACCUUAAAGUGAAAGUAGUAAACACAGCACAACACAACACAAGUGAAAGUGAAACCCUGUGUGGUGCAGUGCAGGAGAAGGAUAUGGACUCGAAGGCCAUGUGCUUCAUAACGCACCAGGCCCUUUUCAACGCCGUUCGAUGUGGGGACCUUGAAGGGAUCAAGGAGCAGUUGCAGAACAAGGGUGAGUCCUCAACGGAGGUUAUGUGCUUGCAGAACGAUGCGGGGGAAACCAUGUUGUAUAUAGCUGCUGAGCUUGGUCUUCGUGAGGUGUUCAGCUUCUUGCUUAGUUUGUGUGACGUGGAGGUGUUGAAGAUCAGGUCCAAAUCGGAUAUGAGCCCCUUUCACGUUGCAGCCAAACGUGGCCAUUUGGAUAUUGUGAGGGAGAUUUUAAGUACUUGGCCUGAGGUUUGUAAGUUAUGCGACUCCUCUGACACUAGCCCUCUAUAUUCAGCCGCUGUUCGAGAUCAUUUGGAUAUAGUGAAUGCAAUUUUGGAUGUUGAUAUGAGCUCAAUGAUGAUAGUAAGGAAAAAUGGCAAAACAGCAUUGCACAAUGCUGCUAGAUAUGGCAUCCUUCGCAUUGUACAAGCAUUGAUUGCUCGAGAUCCUGGAAUAGUCUGCAUCAAAGACAAAAAGGGUCAAACUGCACUGCAUAUGGCUGUGAAAGGACAGAGUACUUCGGUGGUGGAAGAGAUACUACAAGCUGAUCCUAUGAUAUUGAACGAAAUAGAUAAGAAGGGUAGCACAGCACUUCACAUGGCAACCAGGAAAGGCCGUUCACAGAUAGUGAGCCUUUUGUUAACCUACACAGCUACGAAUGUCAAUGCCAUCAAUAAUCAGAAGGAAACAGCCUUAGAUUUGGCAGAUAAACUGCCAUAUGGAGAUUCAUCUUUGGAAAUCAAGGAGGCCCUUGCAGAAUGUGGUGCCAAGCAUGCCAGGCAUAUUGGGAAAGUGAAUGAUGCCAUGGAACUAAAAAGAGCUGUGAGUGACAUAAAGCAUGAAGUGCAAUCACAGCUUAUACAGAAUGAAAAAACUCGCAGACGAGUUUCUGGUAUUGCUAAGGAACUGAAGAAAAUUCAUAGAGAUGCAGUUCAAAACACCAUAAAUUCUGUCACAGUUGUAGCUGUCCUUUUUGGCUCAAUAGCAUUCAUGGCUUUGUUCAGUUUACCUGGUCAAUAUCGAAAGAAGCAACCAGAGGCAGGGAAGGCGAAUAUAGCCGGUGAUGUUGCCUUCAGUGUGUUCUGCCUUUUGAAUGCUACAGCUCUUUUCAUUUCUCUUGCGGUUGUUGUUGUUCAAAUCACUUUGGUAGCUUGGGAUACAAGGGCUCAAAGGCAGGUUGUGUCAGUGGUUAACAAGCUAAUGUGGGCUGCAUGUUCUUGCACUUGUGGAGCUUUUCUUGCUAUAGCCUUUGUGGUUGUUGGAGAUGAAACAUGGCUAGCUAUUAGUGUCACCCUUUUGGGAGCACCAAUUCUAGUUGGUACUCUAGCAUACUUGUGCUACUUUGUUUUCAAGCGGCAUUUCGGACCGCGCAGUGAUUCCCAGAGAUUAGUCAAGAGAGCAAGUGGAAGCAAGUCAUUCUCAUGGACUUACUCAGUAAAUAUAUCAGAUGUAGAUGAUUAUGAUUCUGAUCUUGAGAAGAUAUAUGCUCUAUAAGUAUGUGAACUUGAACUGAUAUCUUGCCACCUUAGUGGAAAGUGAAAUGUUUACUACUCACUAGGAUUCAGCUGCUUAUUUUGAAGUUUACUAGUAAGUCUUACACAAGAAAAUGGUUGGAUAUGUUGAUACAUGUAACUGAUGAUCAGAAGUCGGAUGUAGAUUUAUGUACAUGGAAAUAAAUAUGGAAAGGAAGUUUUGUAAAAGCUUAUAUCUAGCUCUGGAUUUUUGAAACAGGUUCUGGUCCAUAAUUUGGUGGGGACUGACUUUCUUUUGUUGACUAAAGACAUAUUAAGCAUUAGACAGGCUUUUCUCUGCUAUGAGGUUGAGACUUGAGAUGGAAAAGAAAUACUUAGGUGUAUAGGAGUUUAAUGUGUUUAAGCAAGGGAAUUCAAUGUGGUAAUUUAGUGUCGUAGAACGUUGCUUGACAAGAGAGCUAACACUGCAUUUUCCCAAAUUACUUUUCCAUUUUGAAGCAUGAUCUCCAAUACAGCACUUUUUGGUUGGUAGAGUAGAUGGUUGUUCAUUUAGUAGAAUUUUUGGAGGUUUGCUUAGUUGGUGUCAUGUAGAGAUACACACAAUUAAAACCACAAGUCUCUAAUCAGUGGACUGGGAAAUACUCGUGACAGAAAAAAAAAACUACAAAAGCAGACAUUGCGAAAGUUUCAUAGUUCAACCCUUGGUGGAA